AAAACAAAAAAAAAACAAAAAAAAACAACAACAACAGCACAAAACAAAAAAAGAAGCCCAACAACAACAACAACAACACAAAAACAAAAAGAAAAACCAACCCAAACCAACAGAAACACAGAGUGACAAUGCCCACUGUAAAUGUUGCCAUGGUGUACGCCUCGACGCCGCCUCCAGAGGGUGAGGUGGGGAGGAACUGGGAGAGGGACCAGUGCGAGAAGAUGUAUAACAAGUCCACAGCGCUCGCUAUAGAGCAGCUGGCGUUCGCCAACGCCUCCAUGGAGCAAUUCGUUGCCGCCUGCAUCGGGAACCUGCGGUCUGCGGGGUUAUCCUUCUUCGUGUGCAUCCCUUACGCCUUCAUCUUCCUGCUGUCAGUGGGAGGCAACUCGCUGGUCAUCCUGACCCUGGUGCGUCACAAGAAGAUGCGCACCAUCACCAACAUGCUGCUGCUGAACCUGGCCGUCUCGGACCUUCUGCUCGCCGUCUUCUGCAUGCCCUUCACUCUCAUCCCGAUGCUCAUGAAGGCUUUCAUCUUUGGGCCGGUGAUCUGCGUCUUGAUCAGAUACUUACAAGCGGUGUCCGUGUCCGUGAGCUGCUUCACCCUCGUCGUUAUAUCCAUCGAGCGUUUCUUCGCCAUCUGCCAGCCGCUGAGGUCCCGGAGCUGGCAGACCCUCAAACAUUCGUACCGCGUGCUGCUGAUGAUCUGGGCGGCCUCCUUCCUCCUCAUGGUGCCCAUCGCUGUCUUCACCAAGGUGAUCACACUAGACAAUGGCCACCAGGCGUGCCGCGAGAUCUGGCCCAGCCACUUGCUGGAGAUGCUGUACGCCGCCCUCCUCGAUGUCGUGCUGUUCGCCAUGCCGCUGCUCCUCAUGGCCGUUUCCUACACUCUGGUUGCCAGGCAACUGUGGUCAGCCGCCAACUUUGUCGUGACGGGCAGCCCCACCUCUGAGAACGGUGAGAACGCCCGCAGUUUCUGCGAUGCGACCGACUCCGCCAGCCUUGACACCCCCAUGACCCAUUCGCCUUUGAUCCCCCGCAACCACGAGGUGAAGGACAAGACCCGGGGUCAUUACCACGGUCAAGGUCUCCUACGACUGGGUAAGUCAGCGGGGAGCAACGGGCGGGGCAACUCCUCCAACGGCACCUCCUCCAUGUCCAGCCAGGCUGCAGCAUCCGUGUUGGGCGGCUUGCGGCCGGCCUACUACAACCGUGUUCUGAACAACAAGCGACGUGUGGUCAAGAUGCUGUGCGUGGUGGUGCUGGAGUACUUCCUGUGCUGGGGUCCUCUGUACGCCCUCAGCACCUGGACUGUCCUGGACUACCACAGCAUGAGGCGCCACGUCACCUCCUCCCACAAGUCGGCCAUCCUGCUGCUGGCCUACCUCUCCUCCUGCAUCCAUCCCAUCACCUACUGCUUCAUGAACAAGCGCUUCAGACAGAGCUUCGCCUCUGCCUUCCGCUUGCUGCUUUCGCAAGGACCAGCAGCGCUUCCGCCUCCACAGUGAUGGCUCGCAGGCCCUCACCCUCAUGGCCUCCACCAUCAGGAACAAGUUCAACGGCGCCAGUCGCUAGAGUUGCCUUUGUACUCUCGCCGUUGUUGUGCUCCGGUGACCAUAGGAGACUAAAACUGCCUUGAAAUUAUCACUUUUUUGCAGAUUAUCUGUGCAGGUAGAAACUUGCACAGACAGAAGAAAAAAAGCGCCUUGCUCUGACUUAAUGUUUCCCUCCCGUCUUUAAACAGGAAAGAAAAGUCACUUAAAAGCUGGUAUAGGUAGUGUAAUUUGUUUUAUGCGUUUGCCACCUCUAGGAACAUAGUCAACGAUGAACCUUAGUUUAACUCAAGGUUUUGUGUUUGUAAGAUGGAAAACAGCCUCAGAGCAUACAUGUAGCUGACGCUGGGUAGGAGGUAGGAUUUGAGGAUAGAAUUUUACCUUCCGAUAGCAAGUUGCUUCUAAGACAAUGGCAUAUAUCAAUUUGUUAUCAUUUGCAAAAGUGAGAGACUCACACCUAAAGCUAAUUGCAUUAAUAAACAAGCAAACACGCACAUCAAACAAACAAACAAACAAACAAACAAACAAACAAACAAAACAUUUAACAAAAUAAAUAUCAAAAGUUAGAAAAACAACUCUUAAAAGACCAUCAAACAAACCCCCCCAAAAAGCGACAAAUAUUAGAUUGACCAACAAAGAAGUCACACAUCACAAAUGAGAAGCAUACAAUUUAAUACAAAACAUUAAUCAGAUAAUAGACUGGUCAGAAACAAAUCGUAACAGGACUUUGCAAUUGGGAUUCCUUAAUAAGUCGUUUUAAACGCCCCCGAAAUAGUUUACUUUCAUGUCGAAAGCAUCUGUAAACUAUAUUUUCGAAAAGAAAACACAGAUAAAUUAUUUUAUAUUAAAUUACACAUCCACCAGUGAGGACAAAUCAUUAUUUGCGAAGAAAAGUAUUGGCAUUGAAAAAGUAAUCAUCCAUUCGGUCCCCUCAAUAAUAUUAUUUUUAAAAACUGCAGAAAGCUGUAAAGGGAGAAAAUAUUUGAUUCCCUCCUCUUAAUAUUGUCAUAUCUUCCCGGGUCCUGAAGACGUGAUUCACUUUAUGAUAUAAUGUGGUCUCUGUGGUACGCAGACAUGAUCCUGCAUGAAGACAUGCACGCACGCACACACGCAAGUAGGUAUAUUUUGUAGAUAUGAAUUGGAGGUAGCCAUACAUUAGCAUUUACUAUUUACUCGAAAUUUGAUUAUCUGAAGGUUUUCGCACGGUGCACAGCUUGUGGCUACAAACGACUUGCUGCGUCUGUUGGUGAACUGACCGAAAAGUUACAAAACCCUGGGGUACUGGUGAAACUAUUCUUAUCCCUGGUGUGUACGGGGGAACAGAAAACACCCGAACCUGUCCAACCAGCAACUGCUUACCUCACCCACUACAACAUUCUUCAUUGGCCAGCAAUACAAAACUUCAGCUCACUAUCGUGUCGACUUAACUGUGUGAAUGGGUCUGUUUCCAAGCUUUUAUACUGUUGAUAUACUAUUGUGAUGGAGAACAUACUGGCGACUGCUGCUGACGAAGUAAGUUAUGGUGAACAUUUAGAUGACAGCAGCAGCUGCAACUUCAAGUACAAGAACAGCAGCUACUACGACUGCCACGACACCAAGGACAGUGGUUGUUAACACAAGAUGAUAAUUAAUUUCUCGAGGGUCGUGUUGAAUGAGACAGAUCAGAAAUUACGAUAAUCAACACAAGUGUUUAGCAGAGUUGCUCAGAUGAACUCGCUGACAAACUCUUUAUUUACUCUCAUGCAUCUUCACAACUACCAUCUAUAACUUUGGAGAGCCUCCCACACAUGGCACACUUGCAUGCAUACGUUUUGCUGUUAAGUUGGCGCUGUUUGUUGUAAUGAUUGUUAUUUAUUUAAAAACAUGUUAUUGUAGUUAGUGUCUCUGUGUGUACAUGCGCGCGUGAGAGAGAAAGAAAGAGAGAGUGUGUGUGUGUACGUUAACCAAAGAAAGAGAGAGAGAGAGAAAAACAUUAUAAAUACAACAACAUCAAAAAUAGUUACAAACGAAUAAAUGAAGGAAAAGAUGAAAAGAAAAGUAAAAUGAAUGACUGGAAUAAAGGAGCUAAGGAACAGUCUCACGUGAUUGAAAUGACAUUUUUUAGCUAUUGAGGUUUAUGAAACCAAGAGAUUGGUCUUGAAAAGUUAUCAGUUAUCGUGUGGUUUCAUAACAUUAUGUAUUACAUUACAAUGAGCAACAAUCUUGUAUUUUACAUUAAUCUCUAUCUUGCCCUCCACCCUCUCAUCAUCUCUCUGGUAAUUUCGGCGUUUCUCGAAACGGGUCCAUCCCGAAUACCAGUUACGGACACAGGUCAGCCUCGAGUUCAUUGUUCACACCCACGGCUGCUGGCAGACUACGUUGUGUUCACUGAUUGUGUGGGAGACUUGAGGCUGUGACUGCUGACAUCAUCAAACUGAUGUAUGGUGAAUGAAUCUGGGCAAUGAUGAGCUAUACUGUCAGGAAUUUCAGUUUUAUUUUUGUUGUUGAUUCUGAAAAUGGAACAGCUCUAAAAACGAAUUAAAAGCUUCUUUGAAAGGA